AUGCUGUCUGCUUAUAACUUUAAUGGAAAUUUAGAAGAAGCUAAGUUAAUGCCACAGAAGAACCUGGUGACCUGGAAUGCCAUGCUGGCUGCAUAUACCUUGACCGGGCAUCUGGCCCAAGCGUCACCUAUUUUUGAGAAUAUGCCAGCUAGGAACGUAGUCUCUUGGAUCAGCAUUAUUGCCGCGUACGCGGCAUAUACCCAAAGAGGCAUUUGGACGAGGCUAAAAUACUUUGACAAAAUGGAGCGGUGGGAUAUCUACAAUGCUGACUGGAUAUUCCCAGAAUGGCUAUCUGGAACACGCAAGGAUGCCGGAACGAGGCCCAGUUUCAUGGACAGCUCUCUUGCAAUGUAUUCUCCCAACGGAAAACAUUCUAAGAACCUAGACUUAUUCAAAUCCAUGCAAGUUGACGGUGUUAAGAGUGUUCUAGCGGGAUCGAGCCAUGUUAGUGAUGUUCCUGUCAGAUGCUCGACUUUUCAAUCGCUCUGUCUGGAUUUCGAGAUGAUCCCGAGCAAGCAGAAGUAUGGAUGCAUGGCAGGAUUGUUCUGCCGAGCUGGGAGAAUCAGGGAUGCUCGAGAUCUCGUCUCGAGUGCUCCAUUUGUUCCAGACGAAGUAGACUGGAUAAGCUUGCUCGGGAAUCAGAAGAGUUUGCGAGAAAAAAUUGGUGUUCAAGCGGUGGAGCAAGCUCUGGCAUUGGAUUCAGACUUAACAGCGCCAUUUGUCUUGCUGUCACCACCUUUUAAAGCACUUUGA